UCUUCGUCUUCCUCUUCCUCGCCAAAACCCCUCCUCCCUCCUUUCUUGAGCUCGUCAAAAGGUUCGGAGGUUUUUGCAGCUCUGCGCUUCUUCGACUCCGACUCUUCUGUUUCCUCCCGCGUGCGCCGUAAUCGACGGAAUGUCCGGUCCAGCUCGUGAGGUCGGCGUGCGCCGGGCUUUCGUCGGGGCCGGAUGCAACCGGAUCGUGAACAACGUCUCGUGGGGCGCCUGCGGCCUGGUGGCGUUCGGCGCCCAGAACGCCGUCGCCGUCUUCUGUCCCGAGGCUGCUCAGAUUCUGACUACGCUCCCGGGUCACAAGGCGUCCGUGAACUGCACCUUCUGGCUUCCGAAUAGCAAAUUUGCAUUCAAAGCUAACCAUUUGGAGCAUCAUUAUCUGUUGUCUGGAGAUGCUGAUGGUGCCACAAUACUAUGGGAAUACUCUCUCCUUGACCGCAAGUGGACGCAUAUUAUGCAACUACCACAGUCGCACAAGAAGGGAGUCACAUGCAUUACCGGAGUCAUCAUUUCUCCAACUGAUGGUCUUGUUGCAUCAACUUCAUCAGAUGGUACUGUUAAUAUCUGGGAAGUGGCUUUCCCAUCCACCAGCGGAGGAAAAUGCAAUUUCACACUUCUGGAAUCCAUAUUUGUGGGUUUAAAACCAAUGGUAGCACUCUCAUUAGCAGAGUUGCCAGGAGAUGCUGGGAAGAUUGUCCUGGCCAUGGGAGGAUUGGACAAUAAAGUUCAUCUGUACUGCGGUGAGAGGUCAGGAAAGUUUGUUCAAACCUGUGAGCUGAAAGGCCAUACAGACUGGAUCCGAAGCUUGGACUUUUCAUUACCUAUAGUUACUGAUGGUGAACCAGAUAGUAUCUUACUUGUAAGUUCAUCCCAGGAUAAAGGCAUACGCAUAUGGAAGAUGACCGAUCGUAAUUCUCCUGCCAGUACAAAGGGCACAUACAAGAAAGAAGAAAUGAGCCUGGCUUCUUAUAUUGAAGGUCCUCUGCUUAUUUCUGGCUCGUGCUGUUAUCAGAUAUCUCUUGAAUCUCUUCUCAUUGGACAUGAGGAUUGGGUCUAUUCUGUGGGGUGGCAGCCACCUCUAGUCUCCUCUACAAUGGCGACCACGUAUCAUCAGCCCCUAAGUAUAUUGUCUGCAUCUAUGGACAAGACAAUGAUGAUUUGGAAACCUGAAAAGACUACCGGUAUCUGGAUGAAUGUGGUCUCAGUAGGGGAACUAAGUCACUGUGCUUUGGGUUUCUAUGGUGGCCAUUGGUCACCAGAUGGAGAUUCAAUCUUGGCACAUGGAUAUGGUGGAUCUUUUCAUCUUUGGAGAAAUGUUGGUUAUGGAUUUGACGAUUGGCAACCACAACGGAUUCCCUCUGGACACUUUGCAGCAGUGUCAGAUAUUUCAUGGGCAAGGUGUGGUGAAUAUAUUCUCUCUGUCAGUCAUGACCAGACAACACGAAUUUUUGCACCCUGGAAAAAUGAAGCUUCACUACAAAAGUUUGACCCUUGGCAUGAAAUUGCUCGACCUCAAGUUCACGGUCAUGAUAUUAAUUGUGUGGCCAUCAUUAAAGGAAAGGGCAACCAUCGCUUUGUCAGUGGAGCUGAUGAGAAGGUUUCAAGGGUGUUUGAAGCCCCUUUGUCUUUCCUUAAGACCCUGAAUCAUGCAUCUCUACAGGCCAUUAGUUUUGCUGAGGAAGAUCAACUGGGUACUCAGGUUUUGGGUGCUAAUAUGUCUGCCCUUGGACUGUCACAGAAACCCAUAUAUGUACAAGCUGCUAAUGGGACACCGGAAAGAAACAGUGGUGAUGGUUUCGACACCCUCGAAACCAUCCCGGAUGCAGUUCCGGUGGUUUUAACCGAACCCCCCGUUGAAGAGCAACUGGCUUGGCAUACAUUGUGGCCGGAGACGCACAAACUUUAUGGUCAUGGCAAUGAGCUUUUCUCCUUGUGCUGUGACCAUGAGGGAAAGCUUGUUGCUUCAUCCUGUAAGGCACAGUCAGCACCAGUGGCUGAAAUAUGGCUAUGGCAAGUGGGCUCCUGGAAGGCAGUAGGUCGCCUUCAUUCUCACAGCUUAACGGUGACGCAAAUGGAGUUCUCUCAUGAUAACAAAAUGCUAUUAGCUGUUUCAAGGGACAGACAAUUCUCUGUUUUCUCCAUUGAUAGAAGAGGCUCAGAUGAAGUCAGUUAUCAUCUGUUAGCAAGACAAGAGGCACACAAAAGAAUAAUAUGGACGUGUUCAUGGAACCCAUUUGGUCAUGAGUUUGCAACAGGUUCGCGGGACAAGACAGUCAAGAUCUGGGCUGUAGUGGCCGAAUCUACAGUCAAACAUGUCACAAGCUUACCGCAGUUUGGCAGCAGUGUCACUGCCUUAUCUUGGCUUGGUCUUGACCGUCUAAAAAAUGUGGGAUUGUUAGCAGUAGGAAUGGAAAAUGGACUGAUCGAGCUAUGGAAUCUAUCAGCCAAAAGAGGUGAAGUUACCGAAAUUCCUGUGGUAACUGUCUCUCUUGCUGUUAGGCUUGACCCGUUGAUGUGCCAUGUUUCUUCUGUGAACCGUUUGGCAUGGCGGGAUUCGGAGAAGAGUGCGGAUUGCAGGAGCAUGCAGCUAGCUUCGUGCGGAGCCGAUCAUUGCGUGAGGAUCUUUGAAGUAGAUGUAGAUUGAUGGUUAGUCGGUUUUGUAUCUGCACAAAUUUUGAAGCGAAAGUGUCCUAUACAUAUUUCUUUGGUUACUUUCUUAAUCAAAGUAUCCAACAGCAAAUUACGAGUGAA